GCUGUCUGAAGGGCCGAUGUGUUCAUUCAGCUAGACGGAGCACAGGAAGCACAAUGAAGUGUCUGGUUCUACUCGUGGCAUGCCUGGUCCUCUCUGAGGCCGCCAUCAGGGUUCCCCUGAGGAAGAUGAAGUCCAUCAGACAGGCUCUGAGGGAGAAGGGAAUUCAUCUGCCCUACAGUGACCCCGGCCUGAAAUACCAGCCUCCUGAGGUCCUGGCCACCUCCACCAUCGAGCCCAUGACCAACUACGCUGACAGCUCCUACUAUGGUGUGAUCAGUGUUGGCACUCCUCCCCAGUCCUUCCAAGUUCUGUUCGACACAGGCUCUUCCAAUCUGUGGGUCGACUCUGUCUACUGCAGCACCCAGGCCUGCACCACUCAUACCCAGUUCAACCCCAACGAUUCCUCCACCUACCAGUCCACCUCUACUACCUUCUACCUGCCCUAUGGAGCUGGAUCUCUCGAUGGCGUCUUUGGUUAUGACACUGUCACUAUUUCUGGCGUCACCAUCACUGGUCAGGAAAUCGGUCUGAGCACCAACGAGCCUGGUCAGAACUUUGUGGUGGCUCAGUUCUCUGGAAUCCUUGGUCUGGCCUACCCAUCCAUUGCUGCCGGCGGACAGACACCCGUCGUGGACAACAUGAUUAAUCAGGGUCUCCUUGAGUACAACUUGUUCGGUGUCUACCUGAGCCCGAAUGAAGAGUCUGGAAGUGAGAUUGCUUUCGGUAACGUGGACACCAACAUGUACCAGGGUCAGAUCUACUGGACACCAGUGACCUCUGAGACCUACUGGCAGAUUGGCAUUCAAGAGUUUGCCAUUGGUGGACAGCAGACUGGCUGGUGCUCUCAGUCCAGCGGCUGCCAGGCUAUUGUGGACACUGGAACCUCUGCUCUUACUGCCCCCCAGUCUUACCUGGCCAGUCUGAUGCAGUCUAUUGGAGCAACUCAGGACAGUUAUGGAGGGUAUUACGUGUCCUGUAGCGAGGUAAGCAACCUCCCCACUCUGACCUUCACCAUCAGCGGAACCAACUUCCCUCUGCCUCCCUCCGCCUACAUCCAGGAGAACCAGAGCGGCUACUGCACCGUGAACAUCACCCCCACCUACCUGCCCUCCCAGAACGGCCAGCCCCUCUGGAUCUUCGGAGACGUGUUCCUCAGGGUGUACUACUCUGUGUACGACCGCGCCAACAACCAAGUGGGCUUUGCCACCGCUGCAUAAACACCACCAGCACCAUACUCCUAACAGCUCAAACACUUCACACAUUUCACCCACUUCUCUAACAAAAGCUACAGCCUCCCUCGCAACAUCAAUAAUACUCGCAGCUAAUUGCAUUAACAUCGGAACAUCUUUGUUCGUAGGCUGUGCCAAGCCCAGAAAAACAACCUCUGGCAGUUUAAUGAACUUCCUGUUUUUUGUUUUUUUUUUCUCAGAUUGGCGCUGUUAGUUUUAGACAAACUCAAUAAUGAGCUCUAAUUGAAAUGUAUAUUUAAACACAAAUUCCCCAUUCAAAGUGUUGAAACAAUGUUUCAUUGACUGUUUAUUGGAGCAUUAAGACAAUAAAUAAGAAUAAAGAGCAAA